AUUUUGUGUCGGUUCGUCAAGAUCACAUUUUUCUGGUGUCAUUGCUGAACCAUCAGGACAUUUCGACAAUGUCAAUGUCAUCAUGGACAAUAGUCGGCAUCGCCAUGUUAUGUUUUGCUGGUGCAACCAUCUUCAUCACAUUUUGUAUUAUCGCUAUAGCUUUUCGAGAAUAUAUAAACGGUUCUGGCUCCCCAUUCAAGUUGGCGUACAACAAACAAAAACCAUCCGUCCGAAACGAGAACGAAGUAAAAUCGUUAUCGGCAAACCGAGCAUGUAGUUUAAAGUCGCUGCAUGCUUACAAGCCAGAUUUAGCGGUGGAGGCCGAAAGAGAUUCACGUCGUAUUCUUGACAGAUCGUCCGCUUUCGAAUACUGGUGGGAUGACAACAAAUUUAAAACAACAUCAAAACCGAGCGGACGCUUUUAUACGAUUCCUAUCUUCUAUCAUGGCAACAGAAGCGAUAUGGGAAAGGCAGGUGGGAAUUUUACCGAGCCAAUGAAAACGUCAAAUAUUGACGGUGUUACCAAAAACUAUGCAUCAUCCUGGGCUGGUAAUAGCCUGGAUCGAGAUGGAUACACCAAGGGGGAUCUAAAAUUGUAGACGUCAUAACACUGUAUGAUUGUCAAUAAUUGUAUCUUAUAAUACCAAAAAUAACACAAAUAUAGUUUAGUCAGUUUAAUUUUGUUAAAUUAAAUUUUGUUCGA